AUGCAAAGAAUGGACAGCAGAGGUGACGGUGGCCAGGCGGCUGGCCCAGGGCUGACCCUGCGGAGGCAGAUCGGGCUGUGGAGUGCCGUGUCCAUGGUUACUGGCUGCAUGAUCGGCUCUGGCAUUUUCAUGUCACCGCAGGGGGUCUUGGUCUACAUGGGCAGUCCCGGGGCCAGUCUGGUGGUCUGGGCAGUGUGUGGCCUCCUGUCCCUGCUUGGAGCCCUGUGCUACGCUGAGCUGGGCGCUCUGUUUCCUGAAGCAGGAGGGGAGUACGCCUACAUCCUGCGAACCUUCGGCUCCUUGCCAGCCUUCCUGGUAAUUUACCUCCUGGAGCUGGUGAGGAAACCAGCCGGGAUUGCUGCUGUCUCUCUGAGCCUGGCUGAGUACGCGCUGGCUCCCUUCUACCCGGGCUGCCUCUCAGUGCCCCCGGCGGGGAUCAAGAGUAUGGCCGCCUCCUGCAUCCUGGUGCUGAUGCUGGCCAAUGUGUGGAGCGCGUGGCUGGCCACCAUGCUGACCAACGUGUGCUCGGCCGCUAAGCUGUUUUCACUGCUGGUCAUCGUGGCGGGUGGGGCUGUGGUGCUGGGCCAGGGCCGAGGCCGCACAGAAGCGUUUCAGUUCGCCUUCCACAACACCACACGCCAGGUGGGCCAGGUUGGCAUGGCGUUCUACCAGGGGCUGUGGUCUUUCGAUGGCUGGAAUACCAUUCACAGCGUGGUGGAGGAGCUCAAGAAGCCAAAGCAGAACCUGAUGUUGGCACUGACAAUCGCCAUCCCUCUGGUCACCAGCCUAUACAUCCUGGUCAACAUCAGUUACCUCCUGGUGCUGUCGCCCCAAGAGAUCGUUUCCUCCGAGGCUGUGGCUGUGAGCUGGGGGAACCAGGUCCUGGGGUCCUGGGCCUGGCUGAUGCCUGUGUCGGCCUCACUCUCGGCAUUUGGUUCCGCCAAUGUGGUGUUCUUCAGUGGCAGCCGUGUGUGCUACGCAGCUGCAAGAGAGGGCCACAUGCCCCAACUUCUGUCCAUGAUCCACGUGAAUCGCCUGACCCCAGCUCCGGCCCUGAUGUUCUCUGCAGCCCUGGCUUUGGUUCUGGUCAUCAUAGGGGACUUCAGGACCAUCGUGAACCUCUCCAGCUCCCUGUCCUGGAUCACCUACGGGAUCACCAUCAGCUGUCUCCUGUACUUGCGGAUGAAGACCAAGCAUCUUCCCCGAUUUUACAAGGUGCCCACCUUCGUUCCUGCCGUCAUGGUCGUGGCCGCGCUCUGCCUGGUGCUGGCGCCCGUCGUUGACCGCCCGCAGGUGGAGCUCCUGUACGUCCUGCUGUUCCUGCUCAGCGGCUUCCUGGCCUACUUCCUCUUCGUCUACUUCCGGUGCCAACCCGCGUGCUUGCAGGCCGCCACCCUGCACCUCCAGCUGCUCCUGCAGGUGGCUCCCACCACCAAGCACUGACUAAGGACAGACUUGCUGAAGACCCCUCCGUGCCCGCGCAGAUGAUCCUGCCAGCUUCUCUGUAGGUUGACUGCGUAAUUCUAGGAAGCUCUUAGGUUUCGGUUUAUCCGCUAGGACCGUAUUCCUCCACCCUCUUGUCGAAGAACUGUCUCUUCAGCGCAGCCAUGCCGGUGUUGCGUGACUGUCUCUCUGAGGACAAACGACCGUGGAUUGCUGUUUGCGACACAGGUGGUACUGUGGAAUAAGUGUCCUUGGUUUGGACUUUGGAAUGAUGAAUCUGUGGGCUUAUUUGGUUUCAAGUGAUUGCUUGAGCUAAAGGGUUAUGCAUCCUGGGGUCUAUGUGAGGUCAUCUUUCAUCAUGUGGGCAGAGAAGCAGAAAAACCUACUGUGGUGAGAAGAAUAAAGAGGACAAGCAAAGAGGGGUUUUGAGAAAUUAUGGGCAGCAGAGAUUUGGGGUGGGGUGAGGUGGGUCUGACAGAGUGGCAGUAGCUGGCCUCUGACUGCUCUCUGGUUUUUAUCUCUGCCCUGAGGUUCCUCUGAUGGUCCUUCCUGCCUCUUUAAAAAGUUGUACUGGUGAGGGCACCCAGGGCCUCAGGGCAUCUGAUAACUUAUAAUAAACUUCCUGGUUUGACUCCAGUGAGCUUGGUUAGGUAUUUGUUCCUUGCAACCAGAAAAUAUUUGACUCUGCCAAUCCUUUUCGUCAGCAAGACAGGGAACUCAGCCGUGAUGGGAGCUGCUUACUUGCCUGAACAGGAGAAGAAGCAAGAGAUAAUAUCCCUGGGAAAGAGGUUAUUAACUUUGGGGAAAAGAAUGAUAAUUAAAUUUCCAAAAGAAAAGAUCUCUAGAACAGUUCUCAGAACAUUAGGGUGCUUAUAGGACUGAAUGGAGAUAAGGGACCAGGGGACAGUGCAGGUGAGGAUGUAAUGGCAAGUUGUCUAGAACGAGGCUGGAGGGCAGUGCCAGGGUGUAUCUGGGGAGGUGACUCACAAAAUGGGCCGGAGAGCUCUGGUCAGCUUCUCUGCUUUUAAAAAACGGACCUCGAUAACCUGUGCAUGGCAUUGGUACUGCUAGAGAAAAGGCCACAACAGAUUUGGGGCAUCUUGCCUGAGUCUGCUUUCCAGCAGAUUCUUUUGCUCACAUCAGUCAAAUCUCCAUUUCUCUGACACCAACCAGAAGUCUAAUCUUUCAGUUCAGUUUAGUUCAGUUAUUCAGUUCUGACACCCUGUGUGGUUGCCCAGAAUCCACGGUUAGGAGCCACAUCCAGAAGAUUGUCCUUCUUGCCGACCGUGGGCGUAAGGGUUGGGGCUCCAGCUACCCCCCUCCUGUUUGAGGAGAAUGUGCAGGUUUGCACAGCCUUCUUCAGACUUGGCUGUUCAUGAGAAUGACUAACGGGUCAUUGAGUCCUCUGUGUUUGGGAUUCAAAGUGUUUUACAAAGGAGCAGUCGGGUGUAAGUGCGGCAUGUGGGUGUGCUACGGGGUAGUUAGAGCUGCCAUGUCCCCUCCUGGGGCGCUGCCCUCCUGGCACUGUGGUCUAUUCACUAACCUGGGAGCUCUGCAGUCCCUGUUUAGGGAUUUUGUGGAAGUUUCCUCCGAGAGGCAUGAUGAAUGAAGAAAUGGUUACCAUUGUGAGUGAACUCAGUCCCCAGAUUCUCUCCCUCCCUAGAGGCCAAGGGUAAGGCCAGUAGUUCCUCCAACCAUGCCCUGGACUUGCAGGAGCCCCGGCUGUGGAGCUGUCUACUGUGAAGCUAUCUAGGGCUGCAGCCACUGGCCAUCGGCACACAAAGGCAUCGCAUGCCAGGGGUCUCAGGGGUUUUAGGAGAUGCGUGCCAGCAACUGGGAACAAGAAAAAAAAUUGCUUUCUAUUUGUUGCGGUCAGGGGUUAUAAGGAGAACCAUCAAAUCAGGACAUGGAAUUUAUCAUGUUGUUUUAUGACGGUCACCCAGAGUUAACACAAGAAAAAGGGUUAGUGCAGGAAAUCUGUCCACAGCACCAAAGAUAUAAAAUAUUCAGCCAAGGGCCUGAAUCCCACAGCAAUGUCCUAUGUGAGUCCAGAUAAAAAUGACCUGUGUCAAUGCCUCCUACAAGUCCAGCUAGAGGUCUAGAGCCCACGAGAAGGACUCAUGCCAGUUUGUUUUACGGAUCCACGCUGGGAAGGCCCAAAGUCUGCGGUGGAAGCUAGAAAGUCUCUGCCAGUGAGGUGAAGGAGCUGUGCUGGUGGGAUGAGGGUUCUACGCUGGAGCUGAGAAGUUAUGCUCAUAAUAAAGACUAGGGGUGUCCUGAAAAGCACCACAGCCAUCCUCAGCGACACGGAGGCCCCGAGCUCCGACAAAGACAAGCACAGUCGGGGACAUGCCAGGAAGCCAGCGUGAUGAGUUCAUCCUAAAGACGAAGCAGCACACGUCUUCCUCUCCGGAGCCAGGAAGCGAUGCUCAGUGUGAGGACCAGAGCUUCUCCAGGAGAACCAACGGCUCAAACAGCAGCUCAUAGGAGAACCCACAGUGCCUCAACACCUCAGUGCCUCCCAACUUUCCUCAGCUGGAACGUCUACACUCAGCACCAUGCUGAUUUUAUUCUGCUGGUGUUAAGUUGACCAUCAGUUUUUAAUCUAUAACACUAUUAUAGCACAUUAAAUUAUGAACUCCUGUGUGUGUGUGUGUGUGUGUGUGUGUGUGUGUGUGUGUGUGUGUUGCUGGGAAUUGAACUUGGGACCUUUGUACUGAGCUACAUAUCUGGUCCUUUUCAUUUUUCAUGGUCUUGCUAAGUUGCCCCAUCUGGGCUCAAAUGUGUGACCCUCCUGCCUUUGGGCUCAGUCCUCCCAGGAUGCUGGCACCGCACACAUGCACCACAUGCCCCGUUUGAAUUGUGUGCGUGUGACCGGCCCUGUUCCCAGAGUCCCUGCUGCUGGUGAAAGUCUAGGGGAACCCUCGUGUCCCCUCUUUCCCAGCAGGAUGCCUGCUUUAGAGAAAAAAUUACAAGAGGGCCUGGUCCUGUCUAGCUGCUCACUGAAAGACCAGUAAUUAGGCUGAAAGUCCGUGAGGAACACCUGGCCCCACAGCAGGAGUUGGUCCCCGCAGGGCGGCCUUGCCUGGCAGCGCUCCAGGCUCAGCUGUGUUCCUGCAGGUGAGAAGCAGGACACACUGCUGAAGCGGGCACCAGCCUGGGCCGUGUCCUGUAGGGAGCCGAGUGACAGGCAUUGCUGCCUAGAUGUCUCUCUCUCUCUCUCCUAUGGGCACUGCGUCUGCCUACAUUAACCAUAAUCCUCUUCUGCUUACGUCACUUAUCCGGAUGUGAUGGUAACCCUGUUGUAUUCAUCUGUUUAACCUCUUCCUGUCCCAGCUCCCGCCCUUAGCCUAUAAAAGGAGUUCUGAACUUGUUGAUCUGCAGGCCGGAUCAAGUGGCGCUCAGCGUGGGAGCCCCUGGCACGGAGAAGUUAACGAGGGAGCCGUUCGAGAGACAGCCGGCUUAAACCGAAAGUGAAAGCAAAUUGAACCAGAGACCUCGGCCGAGGAAUGAGUAAACUGAAUCAAGGAUUAAAGUUUAAAGCAACAGGACAUUAAAUCAAGUGCCGAGACCUGCGCAGACGACUACCCGACGUCCUGCCCGAGUCACGGUAUACUGUCGAUGUCCGCUCCCGGCCGGCAGGAAGGACACACGACAAAGUCUGGUAGUGGACAACCUUUUCUUUUUAUUUUCCUUCUCCGUACAGCCUGCCCUGGGAUCGCUCCCAGCCGAAGCCUCCUCUGGUCCGCUCCCCGCGGCUCCUUCCGGGCUUCGCUCCGAAGCCUCUACCGGUCCGCUCUCCGCGGCUCCUUCUGGGCUUCUACUUCCGGGCUUCUACCUGGCUUCUUCUUCCGCCCAGGGGUGGCACCGGUAUAUAUACGGGUGACACAUCUCCCUGGAGCCUUAUGCUGCUUAACCAGCCUUCUUGAGCCACACCACACCCAUGGUGGAUUUUGACCCCUGCCAAACAGACUGCAACUGCUGACAGCCAUGCACAGAACCCCAUGACUGCGGAAGAGGCUCUUCUCGGUCUGGAGGAACAUACGCCAGCCAAAUAGACUGCAUCCAGUGUUAUACAAGGCAUGCUCCAAGACACAGGAGAAUGACUUCAUACAGAGACACCAACAAAUGGCUGCCAACCCCUUCUCCUUGAUUUGGGGGGGGGGAGUUUUUCCCUUACCUAGUCCCACUUUUGGGUCCCCUAGCUGACCUAUUGUUUCUCAUUUCUGUGAGUCUUGUAUUUUUCAGAGGAUUAUGAUGUUCAUUAAUAACCGGAUAGACGCAUUUAUGGCAAAGCCCAUUCAGGUACACUACCAUCAGCUGGAGAUGACAGAUCAACAAACCUACAGGGAAGGAAUUCCCACGAGUGGCCCAUAUGAUGAUGCGGCCUGACUGCCCUGGGGCAAUGGACAGGCAGUCAGAGACGGGCAACUAGGACAUGCAUGUUAAUUCCAACGGCCACCUAAGACAGGCACAGGACCAACUGCUGUUCUGCAAGCCCAUGACGGGUAAGGCCUGGUUGGGUUCAUGCAAUGAGGUCCUUGACCUAAGACAGACGCUGUCCUCACAGGGCCUGCCAUACUCUUAAUUAAAUAAUAUAAAAAGGGAGGAGAUGUAGGGAGCCGAGUGACAGGCAUUGCUGCCUAGAUGUCUCUCUCUCUCUCUCCUAUGGGCACUGCGUCUGCCUACAUUAACCAUAAUCCUCUUCUGCUUACGUCACUUAUCCGGAUGUGAUGGUAACCCUGUUGUAUUCAUCUGUUUAACCUCUUCCUGUCCCAGCUCCCGCCCUUAGCCUAUAAAAGGUGUGAUUAUUUUCUCAAUAAACCGGAGGCUUGAUUGGGUUAACAUCAA